AUGACUCAGGCAACCUACUCUUUGACGCGCGAUUUUAGUGGCGGCACUUUUUUCGGUGAUGUUGGCAAAGGAAAGCCUUACAAGAGAACGGAGAAAAAGGUGCCUUGGCGAAGGUUAUCGGCAUGGAGCGCAGCCUGGUCAUCAGGAGUGUGCGGGCAGGGUGUGCGUGUUGGCAUCUUUGACACUGGCCUCGUAAACACCAAUUUGCACAGUCACUUUCGCAAUGCCAACAUCAGGGAGCGAUCUAACUGGACGUGGCGUCUGAAUCGUGACUCUCGGUCGGACACAAACCCAGGUGCGUUGGACGGCCAUGGCCAUGGCACUUUCGUGACAGGGUUGAUCGCAGCCGCACCAUAUUUCUCCGCUUCUCCCUCCACCCUUACCUGUCCCACCGCGGGUCUUGCUCCGCGUUCCGAAUUGCACAUUUUCCGUGUCUUUACCGAUACUCAACUCUCCAUGACUUCGUGGUUCCUCGAUGCCUUCAACUACGCUAUCGUGAAGCGCCUCCACGUCAUAAAUCUCUCGAAUGGCGGACCCGAUUUCAUGGAUCAACCCUUUGUGGACAAGGUGAACGAACUCUCAGCUAACGGGAUCCUCCUCGUUUCCGCUAUUGGUAACGAUGGACCCGUGUUUGGCAGCCUCAGCAAUCCUGCUGAUCUGAUGGAUGUGCUCGGGGUAGGUGGCGUGGACGCUAAUGGCGACAUUGCCACUUUCUCUUCCCGUGGAGCUACCGCAAUGGAGAUGCAGGAUGGCUAUGGACGAUUCAAGCCGGACGUUGUUGGUUGGGCAACGGGAAUUGUUAGUUCAAACCCUGACGGCGGAUGCAAAACCCUGUCUGGAACAAGUGCUGUCUCACCUGUUGUAACUGGAUCUAUCGCUUUGCUUAUUAGCGCUGUUUUGUCAGAGAGGCCGUUGGACCAAUCACCAAUAAAUCCAGCGAGUUUAAAACAGGCGAUAGCUGCUGGAGCCGAUCCUCUGGUUGAUUCUGGGGGGAAAAAGAGGUUUUCCAUCUUUGAACAAGGCGCCGGACUACUGAAUCUGCGGAAUUCAAUCGAUAUAAUGCGUCGAUUGAAGCCACAGGCGAGUUUGUGGCCGAGCUACUUGGACUUCACUGAGUGUCCCUACUUCUGGCCCUACUGCAGCCAACCUCUAUACGCCUCCGGCCUUCCUAUCGUCGUUAACGUGAGUGCCUUCUACUACUUUUCUUUUCCAGUGUUCACUGCACGCUUCUCCUAUGUGGGCUGGUUUAUCAUACCACUUAGUCUGUUUCUCUGUCGUCAAGGCUACUAG